AUGUCCGGCAAGGAAGACCAACCGCCCGCCUACUCUCAGCCAGCGGCUCCUCAACCGGCCUACCAACAACAACCUCCGCAACCUCCCUACAACACCUAUCCGGGCGCCGACCCCAAUGCCGGCGCCGCGCAAGGCUACUAUGCGCAGAACCCGCAGAUGGCCUAUGGUCAGCAGCCUCCUCCGGCCGGCUACUACUACGGGCAGCAGCAACCGCCUGCGGGCUACUAUGCUCAGCCGGGCGGGCCGUAUCCUCCACAAGGAUAUUACCCGCAACAGCAGCAGCAGCAGCAAAAGAGUGGCCCCGGCUUCCUUGAGGGCUGCCUCGCGGCUAUGGCAUGUUGCUGCUGCUUGGACAUCCUCUUCUAA